AUGUGUUUCUUUCUUCGUUGUAUUUUGCAGGAAAUAACAGGAAAACGAAAGAACGAACAAGGGUUUAGGGCUCCCGACAGCCCUGGAAAAAUAGUCUCCUCUUAUCAUAAUGACGGCGGACAUGGGCGAAGUAAAGGAAACACUAGAUGUAAGGGAGAAUUUCCAGAUCUAUACACUUCCCGAUAUUAUAAUCAGCAAUGCACCUCACUGACCGAUCAACCUACCCAAAAGAAACUAGUUCUACAAACAUUUUCUUGUCCCAGAGACUCUUCGGGCACAACCUCCAAGUGCGUGUACAAAUCCGACGUGGGCCACAUCACCGGACCCGAUCACUCUCAGAUGCCGAGCAGUGUGAAACCCCCAAUGGCAGCGGACUCCAACCCGGCACUACUCUACUCCCAGCCCCGAAAGCUAAAAGAUCGUAAAACCUCCGCUCCCACCCCUGAUCCAGAGCCUCAAAGUCUGCCUUCACUACCGCAGGUGCCCCAUUCCGACCGGCCCAGACAGGGGUACCCGUUGUCAGAGAAAACCACGGCAGAAAGUAUUGGGCACGGUCACGGUCAUGGUCACGUGCAGGGGCACGGACCCAAAUUACAGAAACCCUCACAAGGGCCAGACUUAUACAAAAAUAUGGACCACAAAGUGUAA